AUGAGUGCCAUGCCUAUCGCAUCAGUUUCUUCGACUAUUCCAGCUUCUAGUCAGGGUGGUUCUUCUGGGUUACAACAUUUGCCUACAUGUGAACACUGUGGGAGAUGCCACUUUGGCGAGUGCAUGAAGAAAUUGAGUACUUGCUUUAGAUGUGGGUCUGAUGACCAUCUCUUGAGGGAUUAUCUAGAGCCAGCUACUACCAUUCAGACACUAAUUCGGACUCCCGUUCGUACUCAGAGUACAAUUCAAACUUCAGUAGGGGGUCGUAGUCAGAAGAGAGAAUCUAGAUAUGAUUAUGAUGAGCCUGAUAUGAUUACAUGUACUAUUACUAUUCAUUCAAUUUCAUACUUUGCAUUAUUUGAUAAUGGUUAUACCCAUUCUUAUGUGUCUCGUUCUAUUUCUUGGGGUCUUAAUAUUCCGGUUGAGAAUAUUGAGAGUUCUGUGAUAAUUCAGAGUCUCGUAUACAUGAUGAAGUUACCUUUGGAGGAGUUUAACUUGUUUCUUGUCAUGGGUUGGCUGAACAAGCAUCGAUUUAAUCUCGAUUGUGAGACCAAGAGAGUUAUUCUGAAGACUCCUGAUAACAUGAAGAUUAUGAUGAUCGAGGAACAUCAUGAAUUCCUUAUAAAUGUUGUGUCUUCUUUAGUAGCUAAAAGGAUGAUCAUGAAGGGUUCCAAGGCGUUUCCCGCUUAUAUUUUGGAUACUAGGAGUUGA